GCGAGACGAAGCGAGGAGAAUAAUAGUCCCGCCGCUCGCUGCACCGACACAGACGGGGAGGGACCAAGCAGGAGAGAGGGAGCCCCGAGCGGUUUUUGUUCUCAGUGUGGAAGAUGUGGCUCUUUGGUGUGGCUGCGUCACUCCUGGCGGUGGCUCCAGCAACGCACGGCCAGGACAUCGCCUCUGAGUGUCCUGCGCCAAAUGGCUACUUCGCCGACGCCAACCAGUGCGACAAGUACUAUCACUGCGUGGACAAUGUGUUGACGGAGAAGCUGUGUCCCGAUGGCAUGGCCUUCAACGACAUCAACCCGGCGGUGGAGAAAUGUGACCUUGUCAUGCUGGUGGACUGCUCGGGAAGGACCAAGCUACAGACGCCCAUUCCAACGGAAAACUGCGAGAGACAGAACGGCAACUUCGCUGUCAGAGGAAGCAACGACUGCAGUCAAGCGUACAGGUGCCAAGACGGCGUGGGAACCCUCAUCACCUGCCCUGAGGGUCUCGUCUUCGCCCUCGACACCGGCAUUUGCGACUGGCCCGAUCAGUCCGGCCGCGUUGGCUGUAAGCUGGAAGACACACAGAACUUCACGUGCCCGCGGGUUCAGCAGGACCAGGCCGUGGCUCACCCUCGCUACCAGGACCCCCAAGACUGCCAGUACUUCUACGUGUGCAUCAACGGCAAGACGCCAAGGAGGAACGGCUGCAAGUUUGGCCAAGUGUUCAACUCCAAGACUUCAGCAUGUGAUGUGCCCACGGAAGUGCCCGACUGCGCUGAUUACUACACUGAGUUCUUCGACGAGCACUUUGCUCAGGUGGAGCAGAAUCCAUCCUUACUCAGUCAGGAUAUCCUGUCAGCGGCCAUCCUCGCCGGCUACCCUGUGCCCCUCAUGACAGACCGGGUACGCAUCACGCCCGGUGCUGGUGCCAAGAGAGUUCCUGAUGAGAAACCUCCUCGCCCUCCACUUGGAGGGACACCUCGUCCUGGCCCCCAGCGUGUGUCCCCGCAGCGUCCUUCCAUCAGUCGACCAGAGCCAGCCCGCAGAGAGCCUGGGGAGAGGCCACUCAGGCGAAGGCGGCCUGGCACAAGACGUAGGAAGAUCACCACCACCACUACCACCACCACUGCUGCGCCAGAGUACUACGAUGAGUACUAUUACUAUGAAGAUGAAGCUUACUACGACGACCCCGCCACUGGGCCAACCGACGACAAUCCCAACACAGUUUCCGGUGACGCAGGACCAGCCAGCAGCGGCCCCUCGCCCCCAGCCCCCGCCGCCACUCCCUCCAGACUGUCAACACUCAGAUUCCCACUGGUCAGAACCGCUGCCUAGAUGGAGAGGGUGGAGACAGACCCACGGAUGCCAGUCAGAUGACCCAAGGGGCGUGUCUAUUGGGUAUCACGAGUCAGAAACAACAUGACAACAUGGGCGUGUUACACAUAUAACAACUACACUAGAUAACAACUAGCACGAGCGUGUCAUGGUGAUGUAACACCAUAGAAAGUUAACAUAGAGGUGUUCAGAGGAAACAAGUUGUCACGACGCAUUCCUUUCGUCCUAACCAAUCACAUUAUUCCAGGGAGAAGUGUGGGCGGGGCUCGGUGCACUGUGGACACACAUGUGGGUGACCUAAAGUGACAAGGAUCAUUGCCCUUCCUCCAUUUGGUCUGUUUAUAACCACGUGUGUGUGUGUGUGUGUGUGUGUGUGUGUGUGUGUGUGUGUGUGUGUGUGUGUGUGUGUGUGUGUGUGUUUUCUCGAUAUUGUUAAUUGAAUUAAUUAUUAUUUUUCCCGUUUUGUUUUUCCUCCUGUGAGGCUGUGAUCCUCGUGCCUUAACAUCGUGCAUUGUCCUCACCGCUCCGCCGUCCAUCCUCCUCCUCCUUCUCCUUUUCCACUUCUCUCUGUCCCUCCCUCCCUCCCUCCCUCCGUCCCUCGUCCUCCUCUCUCAAUUUUAUCCCAAAAAUAUUCUAUUUUCCACUCUCUUCUUCCUCCACCUCUGAUUGCUUCCUUCAUCUUGUUCUACUCCUCCUCUGUCUUCACACACACACACACACACACACACACACACACACACACACACACACACACACACACACACACACACACACUCACACACACACACCUGGACAUCCUCACGUCCCACCUGUGAUAGCGGAAGAACGGACACGCCAUCUGUAUAUUUUGUGUAUAGCGAGCAUGUCUGGGGUCUGUAUAUGUGUGUGUGUGUGUGUGUGUGUGUGUGUGUGUGUGUGUGUGUGUGUGAGAGAAUACUAUUUUUUCUAAUCAUAUUUGUAUGAAAAGUGCAUUUUCUUUCCAUCUAUUUUUAUCUUUUUUUUUUUACUAUUAAUGUUAGGUCCGCCUUUGUAUCAUUCAUCAUGUAUAAUUAUUCUUUCACUCUCUAGUAUUGGAGUGAAUGAGGUCAUCUACCUUUUUUGCCAAAUUAGGGAGAAUGACCUUUCUUGACCUGCAUUUCCCUGACCCCCUCCCUGACCUCAAUCAUCCAGCUCUGUGCUAAAGCGACAACAAAUACUACUGACCUAACAUGAAUUAUAUACAAAGUAGGACAUCUCCUUUACCCUACCCCCCAUUCUCCUUACAGCUCGGACCUUUGCAUCUAGGGAAAAGUGUCAUUCUAUAUCUACUUAUCAACAUUCCUUAUCGUCCAUAUAAAAAGUGUAAUAGUCUACAUUAUCCGAUUUUC